ACUGCACUGAAAUUAUUAUCAUCAGAUACAAAUCGAUCGAGCCGAGCCGCGCCGCGCCGAGCCGAGCCACACGCAUACAGCGCCAAUGGUGUCCGAUUCGAGCACCGCCCACAAGGCCGCCUCCAACGGCGACGAGGCGGCGGCGGAGGAAGAGAGAUGCUCGGUGGAGGAGGUGGCGCUGGUGGUGCCGGAAACCGACGACACCUCCCUCCCGGUGAUGACAUUCCGUGCAUGGGUCCUGGGCCUGGGCUCCUGCACCCUCCUCAUCUUCCUCAACACUUUCUUCAUCUACAGAACGCAGCCGCUCACCAUCUCCGCCAUUCUGAUGCAGAUAGCGGUGCUGCCGCUAGGGCAGCUGAUGGCGGCGACGCUGCCGGAGAAGGAGUUCACGGCGUUGGGGCGGUGGAAGUUCACCCUCAACCCUGGCCCGUUCAACAUCAAAGAGCACGUGAUUAUCACGGUGAUGGCCAAUUGUGGCGUUUCCAUUGGCGGUGGAGACGCCUACUCCAUAGGCGCCAUUACUGUCAUGAAAGCUUAUUACAAACAGAGCCUCAAUUUCCUCUGCGCUCUCCUCAUUGUCCUCACCACUCAGAUUCUAGGGUACGGAUGGGCAGGAAUGCUUCGAAAAUACUUGGUAGAUCCAGCUGAGAUGUGGUGGCCAUCGAACCUAGCUCAGGUCUCCCUCUUCAGAGCACUUCACGAGAAGGAGACCAACUCAAAAGGGAUGAGCAGGAUGAAAUUCUUCCUGGUUUUCAUGGCGGCGAGCUUCCUCUACUACAUAUUCCCCGGCUACCUCUUCCAGAUCCUCACCUUCUUCUCGUGGGUCUGCUGGGUGUGGCCACGCAGCAUCACCGCCCAGCAGAUCGGCUCCGGCUACCACGGCCUCGGCGUCGGCGCCUUCACCCUCGACUGGGCCGGCAUCUCCGCCUACCACGGCAGCCCCCUGAUUUCCCCCUUUCCCGCCAUUCUCAACGUCAUGGCAGGAUUCAUCAUGUUCAUCUACAUCAUCGUCCCCUUAUGCUACUGGAAGUACAACACCUUCGACGCCCGCAAAUUCCCCAUCUUCUCCAACCAGUUAUUCACCUCCACCGGACAUAAAUACGACACCAACAAGAUCUUAACCCCACAGUAUGAUCUCAACAUCGCAGCUUACGAAAAUUACAGCAAACUCUACCUCAGCCCCCUCUUCGCCCUCUCCAUCGGUUCAGGAUUCGCCCGGUUCACCUCCACCCUCACACACGUCGCCUUGUUCAAUGGCAGCGAUAUUUGGAAGCAGAGCAAGGCUGCUGUGAAGAACGCUAAAUUAGACGUUCAUUCGAGGUUGAUGAAGCAUUACAAGCAAGUUCCGCAAUGGUGGUUCCUUGUUUUGCUAUUCGGAAGUAUCGCGCUCUCGUUGAUGAUGUGCUUUGUAUGGAAGAACGACGUCCAGCUUCCGUGGUGGGGGAUGCUUUUCGCCUUCGCUUUAGCUUGGAUCGUCACGCUGCCUAUCGGCGUCAUUCAAGCCACGACGAAUCAGCAACCGGGCUACGACAUAAUUGCUCAGUUCAUCAUCGGGUAUAUUCUUCCUGGGAAGCCGAUAGCCAAUUUACUUUUUAAAAUAUACGGCAGGAUCAGCACGAUUCACGCUCUUUCGUUUCUCGCCGACCUUAAACUCGGACAUUACAUGAAAAUCCCACCCCGAUCCAUGUUCACGGCGCAGCUCGUGGGCACGUUCGUUUCCGGGAUAGUCAAUCUCGGAGUGUGUUGGUGGAUGUUAGGAAGCAUCGAAAACAUCUGCGACGUCGAGGCUUUACAUCCCGAGAGUCCGUGGACGUGUCCUAAGUUUCGAGUGACGUUCGACGCGUCCGUCAUUUGGGGGCUAAUCGGGCCGGAGAGGCUAUUCGGGCCCGGAGGGAUGUACCGGAACCUUGUGUGGCUAUUCCUGAUCGGCGCCGUCUUGCCGGUGCCGGUGUGGGUUCUUAGCAAGGUCUACCCGGAGAAGAAAUGGAUUCCUCUGAUCAACAUUCCGGUGAUCUCGUUCGGAUUCGCCGGAAUGCCGCCGGCGACGCCGACGAACAUCGCUAGCUGGAUCAUCACCGGCACGAUCUUCAACUACUUCGUGUUCAAGUACAGGAAGAGAUGGUGGCAGAAAUACAAUUACGUCUUGUCGGCGGCAUUGGACGCCGGAACGGCGUUCAUGGGAGUUCUGCUGUUCUUCGCGUUGCAGAAUGAAGGGAAGAACGUUAAGUGGUGGGGGUCGGCGCCGGACCACUGCCCGUUGGCGUCUUGUCCGACGGCGCCGGGGAUUGACGUCAAAGGUUGCCCUGUUUUUAGAUGAGCAUUGAAUUGAGAAAAAAAAAAAAAGAAAAGGAGGAAAAUCUUUAGGGUUUUUGAAUAAUUUGAUUUCUCAGAAAUUGGUUGUUCAAAAUCAUUGUGGGAGUGGGAAUGGGAAUGGGAAUGGGAAUGGGAAUGGAUUUGGGAUAUCAGGUGGACCAUUGAAGACGACAAUUGAGUUUCUUGCACUUGUCUGUUUUCAGUCGAAAUAGAAUCUUUUGAAAUUCUCGUGUCUGUUUAUGUUGUUGUUCUUGUUGUUGAUGUUCUUAUCCACUACGCGAUAGCAAAUGAAAGUGGGCAUCUUUCUUUCUUUCA